UCAGACGCCGAGCGCCGGGCCUGCGGCGGGAGCGUGGGGAGGCCGACUGCGUUUCCAGGAGUGUGUGAGCGUCCGAGCCGCUGCCAUGAGCAAAGCUCACCCUCCCGAGUUGAAAAAAUUUAUGGACAAGAAGUUGUCUUUAAAAUUAAAUGGUGGCAGACAUGUCCAGGGAAUACUGCGAGGAUUUGAUCCCUUCAUGAAUCUGGUGAUAGAUGAAUGUGUGGAGAUGGCAAAUAGUGGACAGCAGAACAAUAUUGGAAUGGUGGUAAUACGAGGAAAUAGUAUCAUCAUGUUAGAAGCCUUGGAACGAGUAUAAUGAGUGUUCCGGCAGAGAAAUCCAGAUCCCCUCUCCAGAAGAACCUGUUUUGCUAUUGUGUGAUGUGAAAGUUGGAACAUGUACAUUUUCAUGGUUUUUUGGUUUGUUUUUUAAUAAACUUUUGUGAUAGUCAAAAA